GCGACAAGGAGCGCGAGCUGCGCGACACGCGCGAGCUGGCGGCGGCAAGAUGAGAGUGAAGAUUUACGGAAGCUUGCAGAAAUGGAAAUUGCCUCCUGUGAAGAAGAGAUAGCUGAACUGAAGCAACAGAUAGUGUUGCUUUUGAUUCCUUCAGAAGAAACAGAUGAAAGUGAUCUGAUCAUGGAAGUAACUGCUGGAGUUGGAGGGCAGGAAGCCAUGCUGUUCACUUCGGAGAUAUUUGAUAUGUAUCAACGAUAUGCUGCCUAUAAAAAAUGGAAAUUUGAAGUAUUAGAAUACUUUCCCAGUGAAAUAGGUGGCCUAAGACAUGCAGUAGCCAGUAUAGCAGGUCUCGAGGCUUACAAAUACAUGAAAUUUGAAGGAGGAGUGCAUCGUGUUCAGCGGGUACCAAAGACAGAAAAACAAGGACGCAUUCAUACCAGCACAAUGACUGUUGCAAUAUUACCCCAACCCACUAAGAUGAGGCUGCAAAUUAAUCCAAAAGAUCUACGGAUAGAAACAAAGCGAGCUAGUGGAGCUGGAGGCCAGCAUGUCAAUACCACAGAUAGUGCUGUAAGGAUAGUUCAUAUUCCAACAGGGAUCGUGUCUGAAUGUCAGCAAGAAAGAUCUCAAAUUAGAAACAAAGAGAAAGCUAUGCAAAUGCUAUGUGCUAAACUAUACAAUGCCAAACUAGAAGAAGAAACUAAAAAGAGAAACAGUGUUCGAAAGAUUCAGAUUGGGACUAAAGGAAGAUCAGAGAAGAUCAGAACAUACAACUUUCCACAGGACCGGAUUACGGACCACAGAAUAAGCAGAUCAGUGCAUCAUGUUGAAUCUUUCAUGCUAGGAGAAGAAAUGCUAGAUGAAAUGAUACAAACUCUGAGAGAAUAUGCUGAUUUUGAAUCUUUAAUGGAAAUUAUUUCAGAAAAUGAAAAAAAAAAUUCCUCCUGAACAUUACUCUUUAUCAGCCCAUUAGAACAGAUGUUGUAAGGUCUGCGAGGAAGCUUCUUGGAAUACCACCCAGAAAAUGGAACUGCUUUUCAGGUCAUGAAAAACACCACAACUUCUUUUCUCAUGACUAAUAAACAGUUUUCUUACUUGCUGAGUAAAA